CCAUCUCUGCAAGAAAAAAGAACAGAAAAAAUGGUGAGCGAAAUCAGUGAUGAAACUGAGAUUCAGGCGCCGGCGGCCAGAGUGUGGGAGGAGAUCUACGGCGGCCUCCGGUUAGGAAAAUUCCUUCCACUUCACCUCCCAAACCUCAUUGAAAAAGUCGAGGUCCUUGAAGGCGAUGGAGGAGAAGGAACUCUUCUCCAUAUCACCUUUGCACCCGGUUUAGGAGGUCCUGCAAGUUACAAAGAGAAGUUCGUGAAGAUAGAUAAUGAGAAGCGUAUCAAAAUAGCAGAGAUGGUGGAAGGAGGCUACCUGGAUUUCGGCUUUACUGUUUACAGGUUUCGUAUCGAGAUUAUUGAGAAGGACGAACACAGUUGCAUCGUCAAGUCUACGGUCGAAUACGAGUUAAAGGAAGAAGCUGCUCAAAAUAUUUCACUUGCUACUGUACAACCUUUAGUGGCCAUUGCUCAAGCUGCCAACAACUAUUUCCUCAACACCCAACAGCCCAAAGAUGCAUGAUUCAUUCACAUAUGAUAAUCAGCUCUUGACUUUUCAUGUUUACUUUGAGAAAGAAGGGGCUACAAGUGAUUGAGUGAUUACAAUUUUUUAUCUCAGUUUUGUUGCCGUCUUCAAUUUUAAAUGAAUAAACAAAUUAAUGUAAAUCCAAAUGCAUAUAAACAAAUCCAACAUAAGAAUUAA